GAUCCAAAAAAAGAAACAAAAACAGAAAUCCACUGAACUCAGAAAGUAUAUAAUGCGUUGGGGAGCAGAGGGCAGUCCCACCGGGAAAGACUCAGUCCUGACGAAGAGACCAUUCUGUUCCCUACCGAAAUGAAGCUGCUGUUGAUGCUGCUGCUGCUGGCUUUUGUGUUGACUCUAGUCUGUGUCCACGCAGAAGGAGAAACUAGUGCCAUGGGAAAGAACUUUAAUCCAAAAAAGAUUGAGGGGAAAUGGUAUUCCGUUGGCCUGGCCUCUGACAAGAGAGAAAUGAUAGAAGAAGAUGGCAGCAUGAGAGUUUUUGUGGAGGACAUCCAUGUCUUCGAGAACUCUUCCAUAGGUUUUAAACUCUAUACUAAAAUAAAUGGAGUGUGCACCGGGCUGUAUUUAGUUUGUGAUGAAACAGAAAAGGAUGGUGAAUAUUUUGUUGAAUAUGAUGGAUACAAUACAUUUAAUAUGCUUGAUACAGACUAUGAUGAAUAUAUUAUAUUUCAUCUCAGAAAUGUCAACAAUGGGGAGACAUUCCAGCUGAUGGAGCUCUAUGGUAGAGAGCCCGACUUGAGUUCCAAAAUCAAGGAAAAGUUUGCGGAGCUAUGUAAGAAGCAUGGCAUUGUUGAGGAAAACAUAUUGGACCUAACUGAGGCUGAUCGCUGUCUCCAGGCCCGAGAUGGAGGAAAGGCCUGAGCUUCUGGUAGGUAAUCUCCAGUGAGAGCGAAGAG